CAAGGAAAGAGGCCAACUUCCGGUAUGGUGCGUUGCUGCCGUUGAACAAGGACCAUAGGAAAUAACUGCCAGGAAAAUGCGGUAGGCAGUUGUCAUAACUGAAAGCGAAAUAAAACUCAGCACUUCUUAGUGUUAUCAUUACGACUUUAAAAUAAAUGUGGCAUAUGGUUGUAUGGCCUAAGGGCUUUGUGACGGAAGCAAUCGGGUUAGCUGAUCAGUCAUCGAUCGAUCGGUAUUAGGGAGUGCGCGAGCUCUGCGCGCGGGUGAACAUGGGGACGAGAUCGAGCCGUUUACACGAGGAAGCUGCUUCGACACCUUUCGAUAAAGAUGGUAUCAAGAGAGAAUCCUGCCGACGAAUCCAAAGCACCAGGCCCACUAGUCUCAUGGUGGAGUUCUCCGGGAGUUUUGAUCAUGACUCCGAGACGAACCGCAGCAGGUCGGAGGAGGGUAGCGACUCGGACACCGGGCAGCAGGCGAGCAGCGAUGGCAGUCCCGCCGACCGCCACACAUCCCCGUCGCUGAGCAGCCAGGCCUCGCCGACGGACGAGAACGGAGCCGAUGAGAAACGCGAGGAGGAUGACAGUCCUGGAGGCCCUGUGGGCGGAGAGGAAAUAGGCCGUGCACCGCAGCGCACUUUCUCGGAGCGUUUGCCCAGCGGUCGCCAUUCUUCCACCGGUGGAGUCACGACGAGGUCCGCCCGGCUGAGAGGGACCCACGCACGGCCAGUCUCCGAGGCGUGGAUCGGCCUCUACAGGCUCAACAACCGCCACGGUGCUAUUCGCUGUCCCUUUUGCACCAAGCCGUUCCCUGGAGGGCGGAUCGAGGAACACCUUUUAAGUUGUUUAACUUCUCCACCUCUCCCUUAUAACACGGAUGUGCUUGCUAAGGACAGUGGUGAGUGCUCUAUCUGUCUUGAAGACCUUCUACAGGGAGAAACCAUUGCUCGGCUUGCUUGCCUCUGCGUUUACCAUAAGAGCUGCAUUGACACUUGGAGCAAAGUGAAGCCAUGCUGCCCUGAGCAUCCUUUUGAUUGAUUCAUGUUCACGUGCAAUGACAAUGACUCAGGAGCCUAUACCCCCUGGCAGGUGCAUAUAUUUUCUGCUGAGAUGAUUGAGAGAAAGAAACAAAAACAAAUAAGAAGCAUCAACACUUGUGGUCCUCUUAAUCAGUCUGGCCCUGAGUGAGCCUGGCUUUAACUAUCUGAUGUGACUCUUGAGACUUGGCUUUCCUCUGCUCUACAGCACCUGAGCGGACGCCGGGUUUGCUCUGCUUGCCUUUUAUAUUUAGCUCUUUAACUUUAAAACUCAAGAGUGAAACUGGUAAACUGAAAAGAACUUUAAAAAAUAGUCAUAUGUAAAUAUGGAGAGAGGAAAGUUAAACAUGGAACGCCUCUGUCUCCGCGUGGACAUCUUGAUCUCCCGCAGUGGCGUGGCGUUAGGGUUCUUUUACCAUGGGAACGUGGCGAUCUGUCAUUAAUGCUGGGCUUAGCCUGCUGGGGUUGCUUUGGCUUGAAUGAACUACUUGAGGUUAUUGGGCAGAUCCCGAAUGAACGCAAAUGAGUUGUACAUGCGUAAAUAUUGCACAGGAUUACCUAAGAGGCAUGAUGUUUUAUAUUUCGACUGAUACGAAAUGUUUUUGGUAUUAAUCUAUUUUGUUUACCCUUUUCCUUUUUGUUACUAUAGGAACAUUUCAGAGGCAGAGUGAAAUAGAUUGAAACUACCAUGAAUAGUGACUUUUCUAUCAUUGAGGCAAAACUCUCAUUACCACAUCAAGCUCUUUUAACCUCUUCAUCUGAUUGAUUUUACUCAAUUGAACUGUACAUUUGUUAACAGAUCAGAGCAAUACUUCCUCUAGAUAGAUUAAUGGACGUGUUAUUGGUUGCAGUGAAGUGUGUGUUUAAGUGUGUACUCAUGCUGAAGAUUUUGACUUCUGAGCUGACUCCGUGUACUGCUCUUGGAGGGAAAGUUGUGUGCAGGAGAUGAAAUUGCUUUUCUGCAUCUUAGACGUGGCCGGCUAAAGAAAUCCUGUCACUUUACACUUUUUACACCAGGCCUUCUCUGCAUUGAAUGAGGCCAUCUGUGGUGUGGAGAUGUAUGUCAGGCGCAGUAAUGCCAUAUGGCGCAUGCUUUGCCUGAAGAUGGUGAUUGAGAACAGAUGAGGGGUAAUUAUGACGAUGUCAUCGACCCCCUUAAAGGCAGUUUUCUUAGACAGCCCUUCACAGAGAUGCUUGUUAAAUAUUUCAGAGGAUUUUUUUUUCCAUGUUUUGGGCUUUAUGGGGUUAUUUGAUUGUGGGUGGGUGUUAUGUUCAUUAUUCUAUUGUGUCUUGUAGCGAUCAGUUGGUCUGUUACCUUUUUGCCUUCGAUCAAGGAUUCAUAUUUUGAGUGGUAAAACCUUUGAAUGGUGAUUUCCUUGCCUCUUCAGAGCGGUGUCAUCUUCUACCGUUGAUAGUAUUGCAAUUUGUUUCCUUUACAUGACAGUUUUAACGGUUCUUUCCAAUUGAAAACGCAAGAAAUGCCAAAUGUUUUGUGUUGGUGUAGUGCAUUGUGGAGUGAGGGAAAGUAUUGUCAGAAUAUUUUGACAUCUUUUAAGCUCUGCAAGUUAGCUUUUGCCCUUUAACUUAUGUGGUGCCAUACCUCAAUAUUCAUACUAAACUAACUUGGGGCUUAGCUAACUCCAAAGGUGGUUUGAUUCUUUUUCUUGAAAUAUAUAUAUAUAUAUGAAUAUACACACACACACAGUAUGAAUGCUAUAGAAAGUUCUGUAAUUAUUCAGUGCUCUUUACCCACUUGAUCUUGUGUUUUUGACAGUUGUCAGUCAAAUAUGAAUGAGUUGGGAAUGUUCUUUAGGUCAAUAUGAUUUGCAAAUAUUCUCAUCCCCAAACACGGACAAUCUGCCUUCAUUCUGCUAAAGAACAAUUGAGUAUUUAUUUAUUAAAGUGUAAAUAUGUAUCGCAUUUCAAAAUGGCUUUGUCUUUUGUUUGUCCAUGAUGCUGUUUCUAUGCCUAAAUCUUUUGUAUGUCUGAAAAAUUGUUUUUAUAUGUAUUUUUUACAAUAAAUAUGCUUAAGUGUGA